AUGUCAGUUAAUGCUUCAGGGUUAGGCAGGCCACCUAUCACCUACCUGCUGCCUAUCUCUGGAUAUUGUCCUGUUCAUUAUCACCACCUAUCACCUGCCACCUAUCACCUACCACCUAUCACCUACCACCUAUCACCUACCACCUAUCACCAAUCACCUGCUGCCUAUCACCUACCACCUAUCACCAAUCACCUGCCGCCUAUCACCAAUCACCUGCUGCCUAUCACCUGCCACCUAUCACCAAUCACCUGCUGCCUGUCACCUGCCACCUAUCACCAAUCACCUGCUGCCUAUCACCUAUCACCUGCCACCAAUCACCAAUCACCUGCUGCCUAUCACCAAUCACCUGCUGCCUAUCACCUGCCACCUAUCACCAAUCACCUACCACCUAUCACCUAUCACCUGCCACCUAUCACCAAUCACCUGCUGCCUAUCACCAAUCAUCUGCCACCUAUCACCAAUCACCUGCCACCUAUCACCUGCCACCUAUCACCAAUCACCUGCUGCCUAUCACCUGCCACCUAUCACCAAUCACCUACCACCUAUCACCUAUCACCUGCCACCUAUCACCAAUCACCUGCUGCCUAUCACCAAUACCUACCACCUAUCACCAAUCACCUGCCACCUAUCACCAAUCACCUGCUGCCUAUCACCUACCACCUACCACCUAUCACCUGCCACCUAUCACCAAUCACUGCUGCCUAUCACCUACCACCUAUCACCAAUCACCUGCUGCCUAUCACCUGCCACCUAUCACCAAUCACCUGCUGCCUGUCACCUGCCACCUAUCACCAAUCACCUACUGCCUAUCACCUAUCACCUGCCACCUAUCACCAAUCACCUGCUGCCUAUCACCUGCCACCUAUCACCAAUCACCUGCUGCCUAUCACCUACCACCUAUCACCAAUCACCUGCUGCCUAUCACCUACCACCUAUCACCUAAUCACCAAUCACCUGCUGCCUAUCACCAAUCACCUGCUGCCACCUAUCACCAAUCACCUGCUGCCUAUCACCUGCCACCUAUCACCAAUCACCCUGCCUAUCACCAAUCACCUGCCACCUAUCACCAAUCACUAA